UCUCUCACAGACACAACAAACAAAGCAAAAAAUAAAAAUCGCACGUUUCUCUCUUCUUCUUCUUCUCUCUCGCGACAAAUCUGAAUUAGGGUUUUUGAGAAAUCUUCAUUUUGUGAUUUCGACUUUCUUUAUCAUUGAUUUUGUUGCGAUUCGGAAUCAUCUGCAACCACCAUGAUUUCUGAUUCGAUCACCAACGCUUCUGCUACUUCAGCUCCAAGCGCGAGGGAUUUCGGAAAAAAGAAAAGGACGAAUAGGUCGGCCAAAUUGAAACAGAGCAAGCUAGGUCUUCGUCGUGAGCAAUGGCUUUCUCAAGUUGCGAUGAUUAAUAAAGGGGAUAAGGAGGAAGUGGAUUCGAAUCGAAGAAUUGGGAGGGAAAAGCUUGAUCAGAGAGAUCGUCCUGUGGAGAAUUUAGAUGGGCAAGAAGAGAAUAACAAUGGAACACAUCGUCAUGAGAGCUUUAUUGAGUCACUUUCUAAUAGCCCUAACAGCAUUCUUAGUGGCAUGAAUUCAAUUCCUAAUUUUAGCAGCAGCAGUAGCAGUGGAAGUGGUGGCUCUUGCUCUGGUAAUAUAACAGAGGAGGAAGAUGCUGAUGAUGAUGGGUGUUUGGAUGAUUGGGAGGCUAUUGCUGAUGCUUUAGCUGCUGAUGAUGAAAAGCAUGAGAAACAGAAUCCUCCUGAGUCCUGUGAAGAGCAUGAGGAUAUCAAGCAAUUGGCUUGUCCGAGGGAUUUAAUCGGUGGAUCUGAUGUGGUUGCAAAGGCGGAUUGUCCGAGAACAAUGUCAAGGAAGCAGAAGAGUAACCAGGCGUGGAGGGCAGACGAUAAGCUCCGUCCUCAGGGUCUGCCUAAUUUGGAAAAGCAGCGUAGUUUUCCGGUCAUGAAUUUGCAUUUUAAUUCUGUGACAGUGCCAUCUUCGUGCCCUAUUUGCUACGAAGAUCUUGACUUGACAGAUUCAAAUUUCUUGCCAUGUCCUUGUGGAUUCCGGCUUUGCCUUUUCUGCCACAAGACGAUAUGCGAUGGAGAUGGGCGUUGUCCUGGUUGCAGAAAGCCAUAUGAAAGGAACACAAUCAAGGUUGAGGCUAGUGUUCAAGGUGGUGGUCUGACUAUUCGGCUUGCUCGUUCGUCUAGCAUGUUUUGCAGGUCAUGAAGAAAGGAUGUGGCUUUGCUCGGCCUGUGUCUGUUUGUUUUCUCUCUUCUUCUUUGUUUUCCUCGCAUGUUCUAUGUUUUUCACCUGUCUUUAAAACUCUUUAGAUAUGGGUAUAGGGAUUUGUCUUUUGGCAACUGAGAACUAUGUUAUAUGUUCUUCUAUGUCAAUGACUCUUCUUCGUCUGAAACAUGUGGUGGUGGUGGUGGUUAUGUAGAGUGGUGUGUGAGUACAUAAGGUGGUACACGAAUUUCAAAUACAUAAAAAGUUGCAAUAAGUCUCUUUCUCAUAGCCUGCGAGAACCUUGCUUAUCUAUAAUAUUCUAAAGGUAUCAUUUUAUA